CAUGUACACUAAAGACUUGCAGGGAGAAACUGCAACAGAAAGUCGUGGACAACAAUCUUUAUCAAGUGCUCUUGUACAAAUGACUGAAACUGUUGGCAUCAUUGGGGCCGGUAAGGAGGAUUGUGUCCUUUCCAUUAUUCCAGUGUGUGUCAAGGCACAAAAAGGAACCAAGGCAGUGAGAACAUAUGCCUUUUUGGACCCAGGUAGCUCAGCUACUUUCGCUACAGAGUCACUGAUAAACCAACUUAACAUGAAUGGACGCAAUGUUAAUAUCUCGUUGCGUACUAUGGGUAAUGAAUCUGUUGUGAACACAUGCAUUGUCACUGGACUGGAAAUCAGUAGUCUGGAUGGCAACCAGUUUAUUGAACUUUCAGAGGUGUAUUCACAAAAACACAUCCCUGUAACCAAAGAUAAUAUCCCCCGCCAAGAGGAUGUUAACAGUUGGCCUCACCUAAAGGAGGUGAAACUUCCCACUAUCAAAGCUGGGGUUGGAUUACUCAUUGGAGCAAAUGUUCCCAAGGCGAUGGAGCCACUACAAGUGGUCAACAGCGUGGACGAUGGACCAUACGCCGUGAGAACAAUAUUAGGCUGGACUGUAAAUGGACCGCUCAGGGGUGGAAGUGGUACAAUGGAGACAAACAGAUUGACAGAAGUCUUUGCUAAUCGAAUCUCAGUAGCUAAGCUAGAAGAGCUCUGGCAACUGCAGUUCAAGCAGGACUUUCCCGAUGCCGGACAAGACGAAGAUAUCGAAAUGUCCAAGGAUGAUCACAAGUUCGUCAACACGGUGUGUCAAUCCGCAAAACUUUCGGACGGUCAUUACAGUGUGUGUCUUCCAGUGAGGAACAAGUCAUUGUGUAUGCCAAACAACAGAUCAGUUGCAGCGCAACGGGCUUUGAAAAGAUUUUCUAAAGACGCCAAGUUUUAUGCGGAAUACAUUGCAUUCAUGGAUGACAUACUCAAGAAAGGUCAUGCUGUAAAGCUCGACAGUACAGAACAGGAGCCAACUGAAGGGCGGACAUGGUAUCUGCCUCAUCAUGGAGUCAGACAUCCAGUCAAGCAAAAACUGCGCGUCGUCUUUGACUGGAGCAAGCUUUGGAGGGACAUCGCUGAACCAACAGCUCCUGCAGGGACCGGACCUGACAAGCUCACUAGUGGGGGUCCUUAUGAGGUUCCGACAAGAGACUGUGGCAGUUAUGGCUGACGUGGAGGCCAUGUUCUACCAGGUCAGGGUCAGCAAUGAAGACACGGAUCUCCUCAGGUUUCUCUGGUGGCCUGACAGGAACUAUGAGCAGGAACUUGUUGAACACAAGAUGUUGGUCCACAUCUUUCGCGCAACAUCAUCGCCAAGUGUGGCAACCUUUGCGCUUCAGAAAUGUGCAACAGAUUUUGAGGAAGAAUUCUGUCAGGAAGCUGCCAGAACAGUCAAGAAAAAUUUCUACGUAGAUGACUGUCUUAAGUCAACUACUGAUGAAGACACAGCAAUCACCCUUUGCGCCGACCUGAGGAACAUGUUGGCAAAAGGUGGAUUUCGACUGACAAAAUGGUCAAGCAACAGCCGGAAGUUGCUCAACUCAAUACCUGAAGAGGAAAAGGCAAGGGUCGCGCCCUUGAAGUCCCCAACCAUACCAAGAAUGGAACUGACUGCAGCCACAGUUGCAAUCAAAAUGGACAAGCUUCUGAAGAAAGAGCUCGAACUGGAACUUCACGACUCCAUCUUUUGGACAGAUAGCACGGCUGUGUUAAAGUACUUGAACAGUGAAAGCACAAGGUUCAAGACUUUUGUCGCUAAUAGAAUCUCAGCAAUCCUGGAGCAUUCUCAGACUUCGCAGUGGAGAUACGUCAACACCACUCUGAAUCCCGCUGAUCAUGUCUCGAGAGGACAGACUGUUGAAGCAUUCCUGAAAUGUGAAAGCUGGCUUUCAGGACCAAAUUUCUUGCUUUGCUCACAAGAUCAGUGGCCCAAGAAUCUAGAUCCUGGAAUGCUGGACGUCAACGACCCAGAAGUCAAAGAGAUGUACUCAGAUAAUGGCACCAACUUCCGGUCUGCCGACAGUGAGUUGAAGAAAUCGAUCCAAGAGUGGAACACUAAAAAGAUCGCAAAACAGUUGCAACAGAAGGGCGUCCAAUGGCACUUCAAUCCUCCCGCAGGUUCUCACCACGGAGGAAGCUGGGAGCGGCUGAUCCGCUCAGUGAGGAAGAUUCUGAACAUCACAGUGAAGGAACAACUUUUGGAUGAAGAAGGUCUCCAUACCUUGCUGUGUGAAGCUGAGGCUGUCAUAAACAGCAGGCCCAUCACAAAGUCAUCUUCAGACCUCAAUGAUUUAGAGGCUUUAACACCCAAGGGGUAUUCAACAAGGACGACCAGUACGCUAAUCGUAGAUGGAGACAGGUCCAGUACCUCGCGGACGGGUUCUGGAAACGCUGGUGCAAGGAAUACCUCAUGCAGCUUCAAGAACGUCAACGAUGGUUCACGCCUGGAAGAAACUUCUGCGUCGGUGAUGUGGUGCUGAUUGUAGACGACACUUCACCCAGAAAUUCAUGGCCACUUGGAAGAAUUGUGGAAACCUUUCCCGACAAGAAAGGCCUGGUUCGUCAGGUGAAAGUCAAGACCAAGACCAAUGAGCUUUGUCGUCCAAUAACAAAGCUAUGUCUUCUGCAAGAAUCAGAGGAUAAUUGAUGAACUGUUUUGAAAGACCCGUUUGGACAGGGCGAUGAACAAGAAUAAGAUUUGUUUAUAUUGUUGUUCUUUAACUACAGUAAAAGUAACAUAGCAUGUAGGCUCCUUUAAUUUAAGUUAAAAGUUUGAGUAAUUGUCUUCAAGGGCAUUGAUUACAAUUAGGGGCCGGUAAUGUAGGAGCCUAAAUGCAGUUUGUUGGUGUUUUGAUACACUCAUGGGAGGAGUUUCCGGGGUUAAUCUGGGUUCAGUCAGGAAAUGCAAGAGUGGAGCCACACAGUUUUUUGACCUCUCUCAUUCUCUCUCGAUCUUUGGAUAAACUGUAUAACUUUGUAAAAAGACAUUAUUUUCUGUGGUUAUUUUUCUUGAAUUGAAGUAAACGGUUGAAUUUACCGAGUUGUCCUGUGGAUUUUUUGAUUUGGAUUACGACGAGGGAGAUUGUUACGAGCGUCAAGCUAAGGCUUCAUUCACUGGAAAGCUACAAUAACUUCUUUAAUUUUUUCUCUUCCCCCCUAUUUACGGAGCCCCCCAUGGAUGGAUGCCCCCUUGGCUUUCACCUAAACUGCCUAUGCCCAGGGCCGGCCCUGGUGCAGCAGUUCAACAACAGAUCGUUUUACAGGCAGCAAGGAAAAACUGAAAGUACCAUAAAAUCAAACAAUUAAAAAUGUUGUUUAUCACUGCUAAAACUUAGCUAUUUUCCUGUGUUCUCGUAAGGUAGUGUCCAAAAGUCCAAAAGACACAUGUCGUUCCAAAUAUACUUUAUUAAUGAUUGCAGUGUAGAUUUAACUGUGGGCAGAAUGGCUCAGUUCCUGCAGAAGUCUCUGGACCCUGAAGCGAUAGAAAAGAUAGCCGACCGAUGUUUGUUCAAGAACAUGAGGAAGAACAACAUGUCAAACUACUCUAUUGUUCCUCAUGUAUUCAUGGACUAGACAAAGUCUGAGUUCCUCAGGAAAGGAAUUACUGGAGACUGGAAAAACCAACUAACCGUGGCAGAAGCAGAGUACUUUGAUGCUGUCUACAAAGACAAAAUGAAAGAUGUCAAAUAUGAAUUUGUAUGGGAGUAAAUGGCAAUACAGUAGCAAUGCCUGUUCCAACAUACUAUGAUGCAUAGAAACCUAUAAGGCAAAUUGAAAUCACUUUUUCUCCAGUCAAGUUUCCAAUUGUUUUAAAUUUCUCCUUGUUAUCUUGUCCAACAAUGUAAGUUUGUAUUUGUAUGAACAUGAAUUAUCCAUCUAGAUAUAAUUGAAUUGAAUUUAAAUAGAAUGCAAUUCAGCGUUUUUGUCUAAAUGUUUUUUGUUUAUCAAAUCGUUUAUUCAUUUUUCUUAAUGAACUAUUCUUGUUUUAGUGCUUUUAGUUUUUUCCCUGUAGCAAUUGCUAAGUGUUUAUUUUAACCAUUUCCAUUUGUUUAUAUUGUUUAAAUUAAAUACAAUCCUCCGUUCGCAGGCAAAACACAUGCUUCUCUCUCUAUCUUCACUUCUCUCAAUUAAUUCAAAUUAAAUUAACUUCAAAAGGCUUUAUUGCAA